AGUAUGAAGAAGAGGGGUUACGUUUCAGAUGAUUUUGCAAGUGAAACACUGGAAAACUGCUUUUUUCAUGAACAAUACCAUCAAUUUUCACCAGCAAUAAUGCAGCGGCCAAUUGUUCUACGGUUCUAAAUUAACAAUCGCCCUUUAUAAAUUAGUGUACAGUGUUUUUCCACCUCGCACUUAGUUUUUAUCGCCACUGCGGUUGUUUGUACUGCUGUUUUAUAAUAAAACAAAUUUAUUUCUCUGUUCCCAACCAGAAAAUCAGUUCAAAAAAAUAAAAAAAACCGGACUUUAUCACAAUAAAUAGAGAUUAUAAUCUGCCAUUGCCUAAUUAAAUUAAAAAAUAUUAUUUAAAAAAAGUAAAAAAAAACAUGUCGGAAGGGCAAGGGGAGCCGAAUCACAACAAAAAGGAGAAGGAGGCUGUGAUAGCAGCGAAUGUGCCUAGCGACAGUCCUGUGACGGACCCGGGCCACGUGAGAGGAGGGCCGGCGGAGGCCGGGGCGGCGGGCAAGUUUGACGGCCAGCGCGGGAAGUCCAGCGCUUUGAAGAAAUCAGCUCGGUACCGGAGCAGAUCGCUUUCGGCGUCUUCGGCGGAUUCUUACAGUUCUACCUCUUACACAGGGUCAUCAUCAGACGAAGAUGAAGGCGUCCAGCCCCAUGAAAAGGCCAUCGCAGCAGGUCAACCGAACCCACCAUACUGCGUCAGGAACGUGGAACAGCACGCCUUCGGGCGGAGGGAGAUAGAGAUAGCGGAGCAGGAGAUGCCGGGGAUCAUGGCGCUGCGGGCGCGCGCCAAGGACGACAAGCCGCUCAAGGACGCCAAGAUCGUAGGCUGCACGCACAUCAACGCUCAAACCGCUGUGCUGAUAGAAACCCUCGCAGCCUUAGGCGCCACCGUCCGCUGGGCGGCCUGCAACAUAUACAGCACCCAGAACGAGGUCGCCGCCGCUUUGGCACAUGCGGGAUACGCGAUAUUCGCCUGGCGUGGCGAGAGCGAAGAAGCGUUCUGGUGGUGCAUCGACCAAUGUUGCACGCCCAGCGCGACUUGGCAGCCUAAUAUGAUAUUGGACGAUGGCGGCGAUGCGACGCAUCUUAUGCUGAAGAAACACGCGCCUGCUUUCAAACAUAUUAAAGGUAUCGUAGAAGAGAGCGUGACGGGUGUCCACCGACUGUACCAGCUCAGUAAAGCGAAUAAACUAUGCGUUCCCGCCAUGAACGUCAACGAUUCGGUGACGAAAACGAAGUUCGACAACUUGUAUUCGUGUCGGGAAAGUAUAAUAGACGCUCUCAAACGCAGCACAGAUCUAAUGUUUGGGGGCAAACAGUCGGUAGUUUGCGGGUACGGAGAAGUCGGCAAAGGGUGCUGCCAGGCGCUGAAGGCUUUAGGAUGUGUUGUAUAUGUGACUGAAAUAGACCCAAUUUGUGCGUUACAAGCCGCCAUGGACGGCUAUAGAGUUGUUAAAUUAAAUGAGGUAAUCAGGCAAGUGGACAUCGUAAUAACUGCGACGGGCAACAAGGGCGUCGUCACAAGAGAACACAUGGAGCGCAUGAAGAACGGCUGCGUGCUGUGCAACAUGGGCCACAGCAACACUGAGGUCGACGUGCACGCACUGCGCACGCCCGACCUGCUGUGGGAGCGGGUUCGAAGCCAGGUAGACCACAUAAUAUGGCCGAACGGCAAGCGCAUAGUGCUGCUAGCGGAGGGUAGACUAGCAAACCUGUGCUGCUCGUCGCUGCCAUCGUUCGUGGUCUCCGUGACCGCAGCCACGCAGGCCCUCGCGCUCAUCGAGCUUUACAACGCACCGCAGAACAGAUACAAGGCUGACGUGUACUUACUGCCAAAGAAGAUGGAUGAAUACGUAGCGAGUUUGCAUCUACCCACGUUCGAUGCGCAUCUCACGGAACUCACGGACGAACAGGCAAAAUACCUGGGUCUGAACAAGCUGGGUCCGUUCAAACCGAACUACUACCGAUAUUAGCGUAACUAGUCACUAGUUGUAGCAAAUAGGGGACGCUUUUGGGGGUGAAAUUGCUCUACCUAAAAACGGGCCUAUGCAAUAAUGGGCAUAUUAUUAUUUCUAUGUAUAUUAGACAUACACAAGGUGGACCGACGACAUUAUAAAGGUAGCAGGAAGGCGCUGGACGCAGGUCGCGACCAACCGGGCAACAUGGAAAGCAUUGGGGGAGGCCUAUGUUCAGCAGUGGACGUCCUAUGGCUGAAAUUAUGAUGAUGAUGAUAUUAAACAUAGACAUAGCGAACCGCCCCUGCUUCGCAAAGGUACAAUUAUACUUAAAAACCUUCCCUUUGAAUCACUCCAGCAAUAAAAAAAAAUCGCAUCAAAAUCCCUUAGAAAAGUAAUGAAGAGUGAAAAUUUUUAACCAACUAAAAAAAGAAGGAGGUUCUUCUCCAUUUAAGUAUAUUUUUGCAUUACAUAUUAACUAACGGUCAUUUAAUUUUAGCAUUGCCUUACGCCCGUAUUCACAAACGAUGCUUGCUUAAGUGAAGCAGCAAAUCGAACGCACAGCGUUGAAUAGAGCUCUGUAAUUGGUUCGUGUGUGACCUUGUGCGUCCACGCGCACUGUGAGACCUCAUAGUAAUGUUUGUGAAUACGGGCGCUAGUUUCUCUGCUUGACCUGUAGUUGACUGGUGGAGAAUGUCACCCGGCAUUAAUUCCGCCACUGUACAACAGUUUUUAAAUAUUUUUUUACCUUAAGCCCAUGUGACGGUAGACUCAAUUUCAUCCCAAAAAAGCUAAUUCAAUGUAGAAAACGCGGUGAUAUCCCUAAAAAGAUGGCUUAAAUUCGUUUUUAAGCCUUUUUAUACUAAAAGCUGUUUUAGUUGAAAUGUAUCAGGUAAGACACAGUCAAGGUAAAAUGCACCUUACAUCAUUACAAUAAGGUGCUACUUUGCAAGUGCUGUCGAUUGUACAGUCAGCAUCAAAUUCGUGACACCCAAAGUGGCCAAAAAGUUGAUAACAAACUUAUUCCAAUUGUAACAAAGACGCGUUGCGAACUUUUUGGUUACUUUGGGUGUCACGAACUAUUUGAAGCUGACUGUACAUAGGUAAAGAUCUCGCUAAAUAAUAUUUGUGUAUAUCGAAUGAUUUUUUGCAAAAAUUAUCCGGCUCGAAGGACCAUUUUGUGCACCAACAGUGUUUUAAGAUAUCUCACAAAGGAAAGGAUUUUGGAAUGUAUGAAAAUGACUCAAAAUUAAUUGCAGAAAAUCAUGAAGCUUGUUUAUCAAUUUCGAACUUUAUUUAUUUGGAUAUACGUUCAAAAUAAAUUGAGAGAAGUCAUGAGUUUGUACAAUUGAUUUUGAAUCUUCAAAGCUCUGAUAUAAGGUUCAAUAUUAGCUAGUGAUAAUUGUUUGUAUGAAUUUUAGCAUAACAAAAGUAAGUUUUGAUCGCUUUUGAUGGAACUGAUGGGAGAUGUUAAACCAUUCCUCUAUUAGGUUGCAGAAAAUUACGAAAAUUAACUGGCAGAGGAUGCCCUAUGGCAUUAAGCUUGCCUUACAGACUGCACACCUUUAUCGGCCGAUAGUUUGGCCGACUUCUAAUUUGUAUAGAUCGUUUCAUCCACUCGGACGCGCCCCACCAUUCUUCCGCUAAUGUUUGAGUGUUAUCGGUACACGCUAAAUUAUCCAUGAGUGCACACGC